GAUUGCCUAUUCUGACUGUAGCCCUGUCAUGCUCAUCUCUGAAGCUUCUUUGGAAGAGCUUAAUUCCAGAUUGGAGAAGAAAGUUCAAAUACAUAACUUCAGGCCAAGCAUUUUGGUGACUGGCUGUGGUCCUCAUGAGGAGGACACCUGGAAUGAUAUUAUAAUUGGAAGUGUACAAAUGAGAGGGGCAGUGGCCUGUCCCAGGUGUAUUCUUACAACAGUUGAUCCAGAUACUGGCAUCAUAGACAGAAAAGAACCUCUUAAUACUUUGAAAAGUUACCGUUUGUGUGAGCCUUCUGAAAAGCAUAUAUACAAAUCAAGCCCUUUGUUUGGGUGGUACUUUGGAGUUGAUAAAACAGGAACACUUAAGGUUGGAGAUCAUAUUUACAAGAUAAUGUGGUGAUAGAAAUAUCUCAAAUGGAAAUACACUUUUGAUAUCUUUUAAAUAUCUU